AUGCAACUACCUGAAAGACAUGUUGAGAGGCCGGGUGUGAACAAUGAGACAAUACCCUCUACGAAAGAAGAAAUUGUACACCAAGAUGAGCAGACACGUGAAUCUACACCAAAUGAGAGUUCAGAGAUGUCACGGGUUAAGCUCUACAUCAACAUCCCGUUCGUCGAUGCACUGCUCCAGAUGCUCGGCUAUGCCAAGUUCUUGAAGGACAUCUUAACGAAUAAACGCCAGCUAGAAGAAUAUGUGUUAAUCAAAGAAUGUAGCGCCAGGAUCCAGAAAAAGCUCCCACCAAAACUAAAAGAUCCAAAAAAUUUCACUUUCCCUUGUACUAUUGGUGAUUUUUAUUUUAAUAAAACGUUGUGUGAUCUUGGUGUGAGUAUUUACUUGAGGCCACUCUUUAGGAAACUGAGAUUGGGAGAAUCUAAGUCAACUACAGUAAAUCUACAGCUGGCUGAUCGAUCACUUACACAUUCACGAGAGAUUAUCAAAGAUGUAUUGGGCUCAAUGUAUAAACUCAUAUUCCCAGCAGAUUUCUUGAUUUUGGAUAUAGAAGAAGAUAAGGACGUGCCUAUCAUAUUGGGACGACCAUUUUUGGCUACUAUAAGAGCCCUCAUAGAUGUACAACAAGGAUAA